AUGUCUGAAGACAUAUGUGAUGGCAACCCAUCUGAAGAAAAACCUGAAGUGAUGGAAAUGCCCAGCAGUGAGGUAUUGCCUCACAAGUCAGUACCACACCUCGUGGAAGCUGAGGUCUUGCAUGAGCCUUCACAAGGUGAACAUGGACCUUCACAAGAUGAACAUGGACAGGCCACUCAGAGUGCCAGUAAUAGACAGGAAGGAGACAUAUUUAUUAAUGAAAACCCUUUGACUGAAAAAAUGAUUGAAAGCCUGCCUUCCAAUGGAGAGGCGACUGAAGACAUGCCCACCGAGUGCGAUGAGACCGUAAGCCUUGAUGCAGAACCUGAAUCUGAAGAAACAAUGCAUGAACAAAGCAGUCCAGCCACAGACUCCUCAUCUAAAGCAAGUAAAUGGGGAGCUUGGGGUACCUGGGGGAAGUCUCUUCUGUCAUCAGCUUCUGCCACAGUGGGUCAUGGGAUAACAGCAGUAAAGGAAAAAGCAGGAACUACCCUAGGAAUUCAUAAUGCAAGUUCAGUGCCUUUGGAAACAGCAGAGCCUCCUGCAGCUGAAACACCAAUUAUACAAGCAGAAGAUACUCUGGACCAAAGCUUUUCUGAGAAUAUUCCUUCUUCUCCUUCAUCUGGAUCUCGUGGCGUGUUGUCAGCUAUCACUAAUGCUGUACAGAACACAGGGAAGAGUGUAUUAUCCGGAGGCUUAGAUGCUUUGGAAUUUAUUGGGAAGACAACCAUGAAUGUCCUUGCAGAAAGCGAUCCUGGAUUUAAGAGAACCAAAACACUGAUGGCAAGAACAGUUUCUCUAUCUCAGCUGUUGCGAGAAGCUAAAGAAAAAGAGAAACAGAGGCGGGCCCAGCAGGUUACGGUUGAACGAACAGCACAUUAUGGACUGCUUUUUGAUGAAUUCCAAGGUUUGUCUCAUCUUGAAGCUCUGGAAAUCCUGUCAAAUGAAAGUGAAGCUCAGAUUCAGUUAUACUUAGCAACGCUUCGUGGAGAGCAGUUGGAAGCUGUGAAAAAUGAUUUAAUUGCUAUAAAAGAGAUUUUUGUUCCAAAGGAAUCAGAUGAUGGAGUGGGGCAGGCACAGAAAGCAGAUAUGGGAGAAGAGUUUGUCAGCAUGCUCACUGAACUGCUGUUUGAAUUGCAUGUUGCUGCUACUCCGGACAAACUUAAUAAGGCUAGGAAAAAAGCUCAUGAAUGGCUGGAAGAAGCCAGUUGUUCCACCCCAGUAGACAUAGAACAGAGGCUAAAAGAAAAACCUGGAGAACCUCAUGAAGAAAAGACUGAAAAAGAAGAUAAGAUUGACAGUGAUAAAACAGAAGUAGAUAAAAGCAAAACUGUGGAGGAAAUCUAUAUGCUGUCCAUUGAAAGUCUCGCUGAGGUAACUGCUCGUUGUAUUGAACAGCUUCAUAAAGUAGCAGAAUUAAUUCUACAUGGGCAGGAAGUAGAAAAAACCGCUCAAGAUCAAGCAAAAGUACUGACAAAUUUAACAAGUGCCAUGUGCAAUGAAGUUUCAUCUUUAUCAAAGAAGUUUUCCGAUUCUUUAACAGCAGCUGGGAGCAGUAUGAAGGCAGAGGUUCUUAACCCCAUCAUCAACAGUGUGCUAUUAGAGGGCUGCAACAGCACUACUUACAUUCAGGAUGCUUUCCAGCUGCUGCUUCCAGUGCUGCAAAUUUCACAUAUCCAGACGAGUUGUUCGAAAGCGCAAGAGUGA